UGUUAAUUGGUUUUCCAUUGUCUUGUGUGAGCUCUUAUUUCCAUUAUUUCAUAUUUAAUGAAUUUUUUUCUGUAUUUUACUUGUCUAAUACAAGUAUGUAGUCUCACCACAAAGAUAUCAGAAAAAAUCUUUAGACUCUGCCUUGCUUAUUCAAGAGUCCUUUGUGCAUCACAGAAGUUAGACCAGAGCCAGGAGUGGCAACACAUGUCUUCAAUCCCAGCACGCAGGAGGCAGAGGCAGGUCACCUCUUGUAAAGCUGAUACAAGCCUGGUCUAUAUAGUAAGUUCUAGGACAGCCAAGGCUGCAUAGAAACAGAGUGUCUAAAAAAAAAAGUUAAUUAAUUAAAUAACAAAAGCCAGGACCUGGAUCUAUUUCUGAAGUGAAUGUGUCAUAAUCAUCACACGAUGGCAUUGAUUCGUGAUCGAAAGUUUCAGCACAGCCCAGAGAUGAGCAAAUGCCAUAAUUACAACCUCAAGCCAGCAAAGCAGUAUGCUUCUCCAGGACAGCUGAAACAAAGAUCUGCACUAAUCACCUGCCAGUCCAGAGAAAAUGUGUCUCCACUGUUCCUUGUUCGAGUCAUUGCUGCAGCCAUGGCAAUUCGCUUCAUUGUUAUCACAGUGAUGUGGUUUGUUGUUUUUAUAACUUUGUUAUGCAACAAUGAAAUCCCAGUUUCCUCGAGAGAAGGUUACUGUGGCCCAUGCCCUGACAACUGGAUAUGUCAUAGAAACAACUGUUACCAAUUUUUUAAUGACAACAAAACCUGGAACGAGAGCCAAGCUUCGUGUCUGUCUCAAAAUUCCAGCCUUCUGAAGAUAUACAAUAAAGAGGAGCAGGAAUUCUUAAAGCUGGUGAAGUCAUAUCACUGGAUUGGACUAGUCCAUACUGAAGCAAAUGGAUCCUGGCAGUGGGAAGAUGGCUCCUCUCUCUCAUCCAACCAAUUAACACUGGUGGAAAUGCCGAGCGGAUCCUGUGCUCUCUACGCCUCAAGCUUUAAGGCCUACAUGGAAGACUGUUCAAACCCGAACACUUACAUCUGCAUGAAGACGGCAAUGUAAAGAGUUCAUGAACCAUCUCCAACAAGAUAAGGGAUUGUUCCAGGAGAAACUGGGACUGAAAAAGAAGAGACAAACAUAACAGAAACAUAAAAUAGCAGACCUGUGCCCUCCAGAAACAAAUAACAGAACAAUUAGAUGUAGCCCAUGGCAGCUCAGUCUCCAAGUGGUUCUCUAGAAAUGGGAACAGGGACUGUCUCUGAUAUGAACUCAGUGGCUCCCUCUUUGAUCACCUCCUCCUGACUGGAAAGCAGCCUUACCAUGCCACAGAGAAAGACAAUGAAGACAGUCCUGAUGAAACUGGAUAAGCUAGGGUCAGAUGGAAGGGGAGGAGGACCUCCCCUAUCAGUGGACAUGAGAGGGUUGGAAGGGGAUGAGGGAGGAGCUGCAGUGGGGACACAAAGUGAAUAAACUGUAAUUUAUAAAUUUUUUAAAAAGA